CCCUCAUUGAAUAGAUAAGGCCAUAAGGGUGUAUACUAUAGUUAGUUGUCUACAAAAGAACUUUCUUCAAAACUUGUGUUCUCUCUUCGAAUUUCACCAAAACACUAAAUUAUAACCAUCAUGGGUGAUGUUCUAAGCCCCUUCACCAUCUCAUCCCCUCCUCCACCCUCCUCUCCAUCAACCAAGAGCAACAGCAUGCCCAUGUUGUACUACGGUCUCGUGGUGGUCGGAACCGCCGCCAUAGUACUAGCCAUAUACAACCUCGUCCUCCUAAGACGGAGCCACACGCGCCAUGCGCUGCCGUCGCAAAGUACUGGGCAAAAUAGAGAUAUUGUACGAGUGCCCGAGAUGAGAACGAGGAGCUUCGAGGACAGCCAACAAAGGAACUUGUUGUCGAGCUUCAAGUACAAGAAAGAAGUUGUGGCCAAAGAAGAAGAACAAGAAGAAGAAGAGCAAGAUGAUGAUGAAUUUGAGUGCUCCGUUUGCUUAUCGGUUUAUGAAGAAGGUGAAGAGGUGAGGAAGCUUCCACAGUGCAAGCACUAUUUCCACGUUCUUUGCAUAGACAUGUGGCUUUACUCCCACUUGGAUUGCCCGAUUUGUAGAACGCCCGUUGAUGUUGUUGGCCCUUUGUGUCCGCUGGAGAAUUCACCUGAUGGGAUGAUGGAAUCCGGUGGUGGCAUACCAUCAUCUCUCUAGAUUAUGUGGUUGGGGAGAAAUUAUUAGAUAAUUAUCUCACAUUAAUCAUAUAUUCUUCUUCAAUUUUCAUAUCACACCUAA